CCCGUUUCGACAAUUUUUUUGACGAGCAAUAACAAUGUUGUGUGGUUUUCUUGCUUUAGUUGUUAUUCCAACAUUUGUCAUUGCAUGCUGUCCACCAAAGCAAUGGGAAGGUAUUGAAUAUACUGCUCUUGGUUCUACUGGUGCUGAUGGAAAAUCACAUUAUACAGAGAUAGAACAGAAGGUAUCAGUCGACACGGACCGAAGAAUGGUUUAUGUGGCACAAUCUAUGGUUAUAGAUGGAGCAAAUGUAAUGCAAACCGUCCUUCAGAAUUACAACACGGCGACUCAAUAUAUAACACGGAACGGAAACUGUGAAAAGAUGGGUGUGACUUCAGUAGAACCUGGCUGUGUCCCACAAAAUGCUACCGCAGUAUUGAAGUCGUACAUGGGUGCUGGAAAUUCUAAGAUUAUGACAACAGUUUACAAAUAUGUGACUGACAUGUCCACCUCUUAUAUAACAAUGGCUGAUGACGGUUGCAUACCAAUGGCAUAUGAAGCAUCGGGUCAGAAUGCUGAUGGAGGUGGAUACCAAAUGACAGUUGAAUUUUUUGGAAUAACACCAGGCAUUGCAGAUACGUCGGUCUUCAAUGAACCAGCUCAGUGUGGUGCAAAUGUACCUGCAUUUGCUGGAAUUGGAGUUGGAAGACGAUAAAUAAUUUAUCAUUUGUUUGCUUUUUUACUUUUUGUACAAUAAAAUCUUUUACCAUUUUAAA